GGGCCGGGGCCCGGCAUGGAUGGCCGCGACUUCGCGCCGCCGCCGCAUCUGCUGUCCGAACGCGGCAGCCUGGGCCACCGCAGCGCCGCCGCCGCCGCGCGCCUCGCCCCGGCCGGGCCCGCCGCGCAGCCCCCCGCGCACUUCCAGCCAGGAAAGUACUUCCCGUCGCCGCUGCCCAUGGCUUCGCACACAGCCAGCAGCCGCCUGAUGGGAAGUUCUCCAGCCUCCUCUUUCAUGGGCAGCUUCCUCACCAGCAGCCUGGGCUCGGCAGCCUCCACGCACCCCAGCGGCCCCAGCUCCUCCCCGCCUGAGCAGGCCUACCGCGGCUCCCACCCCGCCACCUCCCAGAUCUGGUUCUCCCACUCCCACGAAGCUCCCGGGUACCCCAGAUUUUCGGGGAGUCUGGCAUCCACCUUCCUACCCGUGAGCCACUUGGAUCACCAUGGAAACAGCAACGUUCUCUACGGGCAGCACCGUUUCUAUGGAACCCAAAAAGAUAACUUCUACCUGCGCAACCUGCCGCCCCAGCCCACACUGCUGCCAGCCAACCACAACUUCCAUAGCGUGGCCCGGGCCGCUCCCCCCCACCCCAUGGGCUCAUGUAGCCGGGAUCGAGACCGGGGUGAGGCUGGCUCUCUGCAGAAGGGCCCCAAGGACUUCGACCGCUUCCUCAUGGGCAAAGAGCUGUGCAGAGAGAAGGCGGGCAAGGUGGCUGAGGGCAAGGAGCGGCCGGCGGCGGAGGAGGACGGUGGCAAGGAGCGGCACAAGGUGGUGCUGCCGGCGCCAGCAGACGGGCACUGCAGGGAGGGGGGCCCCGCCGCCCGAGGAGCCUGUGAGGGCCGCCCCAAGCACCUCCCCUCCUGCCUCCUCAACACCAAGGUGCUCAACGGUGACAUGGGCAGGGCUGCGCUAGCCAGCUGUGCAGGGGGCGUGCUGGGGAGGCCUGGUGCCGGGGUGGCAACCUCUGGGCGCUGUGCCAAGGAGGCAGCGGGCCCCCCAGAGCCUGGGCCGGCCUUCAGCGAGUGCCUGGAGCGGCGGCAGAUGCUGCACCACGCUGCGUCCUACACCGUGCCGUCCGGCCUGCCCUCCGGGCCGCCCCCACCCCUCAGCACGGCCGCCGGCUCCUUCCCCUGCCUGCAGCUGCAUGGGGGCCCCGACGGGCUCUGCCCACUGCAGGACAAAGUCCCUCGGGACCUAAAGGCCAGCGGGCCCACCUUCGUGCCUUCUGUGGGACACCUGGCCGACAAGAGCCGCCCCUUCCAGGCCGCUGAGGCCUGCGCCAUAGCAGGCGAGGGCAAGGAGCGGCACCUGGAGGCAGCCAUGGCCCCUGAGCACGCCGCACCCUACGGAAUCUCCUAUGCCCACCUGAAGGCGGAGGGCAAGGCCGAGCGGCGGCCUGGGGGCUUCGAGGCGGCCCUCAACCCCCGGCUGAAGGGUCUGGACUAUCUCAGCAGUGCAGGCCCCGAGGCCCCCUUCCCUGGACUCCCUAAAGGCAGUCUGGACAAAAGCGGCUACUUCGAGUUGCCCACCGCUUCACAGGACUGUGCCCGGCCUGGUCACCAGGACCCGCUGGGCGGGAAGGCCCCCCAGACCUGCUGCACUUUAGAGAAGACAGCUGGCAAGGAAGCCCCAGCCGGCCCCCCUGGGGCGCAGAAGGUGGCGAGGAUCCGGCAUCAGCAGCACUUGGUGGUGCCCGAGGUGGAUACAGGGGGCGUUGGGGCCGAGGCCAAGCGCAAGUCCCUGGAGCUGGCGUCCCUGGGCUACGGCGGGCCCCACCUGCCUCCGUGGGGUGUCCAGGCCGGCCAGGGCACCACCAUGGCCAUCGGUGAGGAGCGUAAGGCUGGCGCCUACCUGGACCCCUUUGUCGGGGGCCUGCAGCAGGCACCCCUUCUGCCCCAGGAGCUGCCUGCGCCGCCAGACGAGGUCUCGGCCAUGAAGAACCUGCUGAAGUACAGCAGUCAAGCCCUGGUGGUGGGCCUGGGCGGCCUCAAGGCCAGCUGCGUCCAGCAGGAAGCGAAGUUCGCGUCCUCUAAGGGCUCAGGCCAGGCAGAGAGGCCGGACUGUGCCCGCAGCCGGGAGCAUGACACCGUGCACGGUGACGGGGAGGUGCGGCAGCCCCCUGUGGGCAUCGCGGUGGCCUUGGCCCGGCAGAAGGACACGGUGAGCCGGACCGAGGCAGCCUACGGCACCAACACUACGCGGCAGGGCCGGGCCGCCCCCACCUUCAAAGCUGGCGGUGGGCCCCGUUCCACACACGCGCUGGACCUGGAGGCCGAGGAGGAGAGGACCCGGCUGUGUGAUGACCGCCUGGGACUGGCCAGCCGCGAGCUGCUGCUGCAGGACGGCAAAGACCGAGCAGAGCUCACCCGGAUCCACCCUCCGAGCAGCUGCCCUGGGGACCUGGCCCCCCACCUCAUGAUGCAGAGUGGCCAGCUGGGGGGGGACCCGGCCCCCCACACUCACCCCCACGCACCCUGGCUGCCCCGUACCCGAAGCCCCUCCCUGUGGAUGGGGGGACAUUCCUACGGCCUGGGGCACCCCGCCCUGCACCAGAACCUGCCCCCCGGCUUCCCUGCCUCCGUGGCCGGCCCUGUCCCCUCGGUCUUCCCCCUCCCCCAGGAUGCCCCCGCACAGCUGGUCAUCCUGCCCUCGGAGCCCACACCCCACAGCGCCCCCCACACGCUUGCAGAUGUCAUGGACCAGGCCUCGCUGUGGCCCCCCGUGUACGGGGGCCGGGGCCCCGCCUCCCAUAUGCAGCGCCCGGGCCAGCUCCCUGUGUACGCGCGGCCGCAGCUCCUCCGCCAGCCGGAGCUCUAUGCCUUGCAGCAGCAGCAGAGGGCCGCCCAGUUCCAGCGGAAGCCUGAAGACCAGCACCUGGAGCUGGAAGAGCCUGCCCAGGAGAAGGCCCCGAAGUCCACCCACAAGCCAGUUGCCUUAACUCUCACGGUCCCGGGCGCCCCCGCACCCGCUGCAGGCCCCAGCAAGCUGCCACCCUGCUGCCACCCACCCGCCCCGAAGCCCCCGCCCAGCUGCCCCACCCCACCACCUCGGCCCAGCGCCCCGUGCACUUUAAAUGUCUGCCCUGCUGGCAGCCCCGGGCCUGGCUUCAGGGUGCCCAGUGCCGAGCAAAAGAAUGGGGAGGGCCAGCAGCCAGAGGCCGACAUCGUCACCCCGGAACCAGACCUGCCUCCCGGAUACCUGCGCCCUGUGGCCAGCAUGGGCUUCUCCCUACCCUCAGACGUGCACUCUUCUGACCUCGAGGACCCUGAAACUAUGCAAACCGCCGCCCCAGGGGCCCAGCCUGAGCCCACAAGGACAUUCCUGCCUGGAGAGCCGCCUCCCUGCAGCCCCAGGAGCCUGGAGGAGCCCGGGCUGCUCUCAGGGCCCAGGGAGGCCACCCAGGACCUUGCUGCCACCCCCAACCCUGCCGAGCGGGGACCCCAGGGGAAGGCAGCGGACGUCAGCCCACUUGAGGGGCUACAAGAACUGCAAUGUGGGGCUCUGCUCGAGGCGGGGGGCUCCGAGGUCUCCAGCCAGGCUCAUUCUACUCAGGGAGGGGCGAGAGAAGAGAGGAGCAGGGAGGAGGGGGAGCAGGGGCCUUCGUCGGAGGCCUCUCCCCAAAGCCUGGAGCAGCAAGCAGGGAGCCCCAGUGCCCUUGAUGAUGAGGGGGAGCAGCAAGCUCCUGAGGAAGACGAGCUGGAGGAAGAUGAGCUGGGGGAGCAGAGCGUGGAGUACUCAGAGGAAGACUGUGGGGCAGCCCCUGACAACAGCCACCCACCCAGGGCACUGCCAGGCCUGGAUGCCUUGGUGGCCGCCACCAUCAACCUGGGAGACUUGCCCAGCGGCAGCCCACUGGACCCUCAGCCCUUGGCAGCCUCUGCAUGCCCCGGCACAGCCCCGCUGCCCCAUAGCUCAGGGAAUCAUGGGAUCGCUCUGCUCAGCGAGCUGGCUGACCUGGCAAUCCAGCGGCAGAGGAGUGAGAGGGCCAUGCCAGAGGAGGAAGAGGACGUGCUGGUCUUCAACCUGCAGCACCUGGCCACGCUGGCCACAGCCUGGUCCUUGGUAGAGGCUGCCAGCCUGGACAGCUCCCCUGCCCCAGCACAGCCACCCACGGCCGCCCCCUGCAGCAGCCCCAGGCUCACCCCCCGCAUGCAGAUCCUGCAGCGCAAGGACACCUGGACCCCCAAAACCAAGCCUGUGUGCCCCCUGAAGGCUGCCAUCGACCGGCUGGACACACAGGAGGUGGGGAUGCGUGUGCAGCUGGCGGAGCUGCAGCGGCGCUACAAGGAAAAGCAGCGGGAGCUGGCCCGUCUGCAGCGCAGGCACGACCAUGAGAGAGAUGAGAGCUCGCGGAGCCCUGCACGGCGGGGGCCUGGCCGGCCGAGGAAGCGCAAACACUCCAGCUCGCUGCCCACCCCACGUCUCACAGGGCCGCUCCCAAGGAGCGACAGCAAGAAAGUCAAGGCAGUGCCGACAAGCCUGGGUCUGCUGUGCGCGGAGCUGCGAGGAGGCGUCGGGGGUGAGCCUGCCAAGAAGCGGAGCAAGCUGGAGAGGAGUGUCUAUGCGGGCCUGCAGACCGCCGCCAUGGAGAAGGUGCAGUGUAAGAAGAGCAGCUGUCAGGGCGGGCUGGCGCCCUCCGUGGCCCACAGGGUGGCCCAGCUGAAACCCAAGGUCAAGAGCAGAGGGCUACCCACAGGCCUCAGCUCUUUCCAGCGGAAGGAGGCCACCUCCGGGGGGCGCAUCCGGGAGAAGCUGUCCCGAGCCAAGAGCGCCAAGGCAUCCGGGGCCAUGCGGCACCCACAGCCCAAGGGCCACGGCAGCCGGGAGACACCCAGGUGCCCAGCCCAGCCCUCGGUGGCUGCAUCCCGGGAGGCAGGCAGCAGCUACGACAGUGAGGACUGCGAGGGUCUCUUGGGGACAGAGGCACCACCCAGGGAGGCAGGGCUGGUGCUGCAUGCCGGGGCCAGUGUGGCCGUGCUGGGACCCUCGCCCUCCUCUGUGGUCAAGAUGGAAGCCAACCAGAAGGCCAAGAAGAAGAAGGAGAGGCAGGGGUUGCUAGGGGCCUGCCGCCUGUCCAGCCCCGAGAGCGAGGUCAAGAUCAAGAGGCGGUCAGUGAAGGCCAAGGUGGGCACCACCCUGGAGCGGUCCCCAGGGCAGAGGCCCCCAGGUGCGCCUGGCAAGAAGAAAGCUAAGGGCAAGGCCAAGGGUGGCCUGCGGGCAGAGCCAGGGGCCACCCCCAGCAGGGACGUCCUCUUUAGCCCCUCCCGGGCCUUCACCUGCCAUGAGGAGGGCAGCCAGCUGGCCAGCGAGCGCCUCAAGAGGGCCACACGCAAGGGCACAGUGCUGCAGCCUGUGCUGCGGCGGAAGAACGGGGCCCUUUCCAUCACGCUAGCUGCGCACAACGCCAAGGCCAUCCUGGGGAAAGGCCGGAAGCUGAGCAAGGUGAAGCGCAAGGCCGGCAAGCAGGGCAAGGGCCGGGCAGUGAGCCACCUGCUGGAAAGCUUUGCAGUGGAGGAUGACUUUGAGUUCGAGGACAACAGCAGCUUCUCGGAAGAGGAGGAGGAGGAGGAGGAAGAGGAGGAGGACAGUGGCCCCCUGAGCGCGGAGCAGAGCGCUGCCCUGGCACGCUCGUGUGCCAUCCACAAAGAGGACCUGCGGGACGGGCUGCCCGUGCUGAUUCCCAAGGAGGACAGCCUGCUGUACGCGGGCAGCGUCAGGACCCUGCAGCCACCCGACAUCUAUAGCAUCGUCAUCGAGGGGGAGAGGGGCAACCGGCAGAGGAUCUACUCGCUGGAGCAGCUGCUGCAGGAGGCGGUUCUUGACGUGCGGCCACAAUCCAGCCGGUACCUCCCACCCGGCACGCGCGUCUGCGCCUACUGGAGCCAGAAGUCUCGAUGUCUGUACCCAGGCAACGUGGUCCGCGGGGCCUCUGGCGAUGAAGAUGAGGACCUGGAGUCGGUAGUGGUGGAAUUCGACGAUGGGGACACCGGUCACAUUGCCGUCUCCAACGUUAGGCUGCUGCCCCCAGACUUCAAGAUCCAGUGCACAGAGCCCUCUCCAGCCCUGCUAGUCUCUAGCAGCUGCCGGAGGACCAAGAAAGUGUCCAGUGAGGCCCCCCUACCCAGCGAGGCUGCCACCCCCAGCCUGUCCCCCAAAGCGCAGGAUGGCCCUGAAGCUUUGAAGACACCCGGGAAGAAAUCCUUUAGCAAAGACAAAGCCGGUAAAGCCGAACUCCUAACCUCAGGUGCCAAAUCCCCCAUGGGGGCCUCCGACCAUUUCCUGGGCCGCCGGGGUAGCCCCUUGCUGAGCUGGUCCGCGGUGGCGCAGACCAAGCGGAAGGCGGUGGCCACGGCCGGCAAGGGCCCGGCGGCGCUGCAGAACCUCUUCCAGCUCAACGGCAGCAGCAGGAAGCUGCGCGCCCGCGACGCGCUGUUCCCCAUGCACAGUGUGGCCGCGCCCGUGUUCGGCAACGGCUUCCGCGCCGACUCCUUUAGCAGCCUGGCCAACUCCUAUGCGCCCUUCGUCAGCGGGGCCGGGCCAGGCCUCCCUGGGGGAUCCCACAAGCUGCUGCGGGCCAAGAAGGCUGAGAGGGUGGAGGCCGAGAAGGGCGGGCGGAGGCGGGCAGGCAGCGAGUUCCUGGUCAAGCUGGACCACGAGGGCGUGACCUCUCCCAAGAGCAAGACCUGCAAGGCGCUGCUCAUGGGGGACAAGGACUUCGGCCCCAAGCUGACACGGCCCCUGCCCAGCCCCAGCUACGCGCACCCGGCCCUCGUGGGCAAGGACAAGAAGGGGCGGGCGCCCAUACCCCCGCUGCCCAUGGGGCUGGCGCUACGCAAAUACACAGGCCAGGCCGAGUUCCCACUGCCGUGUGACAGCGACUGCCACAGCUCCUACUCAGAUGAGGACGAGGAUGGGCCGGGGCUGGCAGCCGGCGUGCCAUCCCGCUUCCUGACCCGCCUGUCCGUGUCCUCCUCCUCCUCCGGCUCAUCCACCUCUUCCUCCUCGGGCUCCGUGUCCACCUCCAGCCUCUGCUCCUCGGACAACGAGGACUCGUCCUAUAGCUCAGACGACGAGGACCCGGCCCUGCUACUGCAGACCUGCCUCACCCACCCUGUGCCCACCCUCCUGGCCCAGCCCGAGGCCCUGCGCUCCAAGGGCGGCAGCCCCCACGGGCAUGCCCAGCGCUGCUUCCUGUCCAGGGCCUCCGUGGCCGGCGCCGGCGUAGGCUCUGGCCCCAGCAGCAGCAAAUCUAGGCUCAAGCGCAAAGAAGCCCUGAGCUUCUCCAAAGCCAAAGACCUCUCGCGGAGGCAGCGGCUGCCCUCCGUGGAAAACCGGCCAAAGAUCUCAGCCUUCCUGCCCGCCCGGCAGCUCUGGAAGUGGUCGGGGAACCCCACACAGCGGCGCGGCAUGAAGGGGAAGGCGCGGAAGCUGUUCUACAAGGCCAUCGUGCGGGGCAAGGAGACGCUGCGUGUCGGGGACUGCGCCGUCUUCCUUUCGGCCGGGAGGCCCAACCUGCCAUACAUCGGCCGCAUCGAAAGCAUGUGGGAGUCGUGGGGCAGCAACAUGGUGGUCAAGGUCAAGUGGUUCUACCACCCCGAGGAGACCAAGCUGGGCAAGAGGCAGUGCGACGGCAAGAACGCACUGUACCAGUCCUGCCACGAGGAUGAGAACGACGUGCAGACCAUCUCCCACAAGUGCCAGGUGGUGGCGCGUGAGCAGUACGAGCAGAUGGCCCGCAGCCGCAAGUGCCAGGACCGGCAGGACCUCUACUACCUGGCGGGCACCUAUGACCCCACCACCGGGCGCCUGGUGACAGCCGACGGUGUGCCCAUCCUGUGCUGAGCCGCCCACCGCAGAUGCCUCCCACCCUUGCCGGGGACCCUGUGCGCGCAGCCUGGCGUGGGCCGAGCCGCCGGGUGGGAGGCAGCCUGGCCUCCCAGGGGCGAGUCUGAGCAAAUAUGCAAGCCCAUGGGCAGCCCAGGCUUUCCUCCGGUUUCCCUGGAAAAAGCGCUCUAGGCGUUGAAACCCAGUCCCGUCCCGUCCGCUGCGGAGGGUCGGGCGGUGGCCCCGAUGGGUCCCUGGCCCACCCCACCCACAGCACCCUCCGUUUCCUGCACCGGCAGUUCACGGGAGAUUCUAAUCCAAGCCAUAUUCCCUAGUACCUCCGACCGUCUCCCACCAGGGAAAGCAGAAAUCAGGUGUGUUGUCUAUUUAUUUCUCUAUGUAAAUAUUGUAUUUCUGUGGGGAAGUUUUACUGAAAAAUGUGGAAAAGGAUUUUUCCCUAUUCACGUGUCGAGGUGUGUGUAUGUGCGUAUGUGUGCAUGUGUGCGUGUGUGGGUGCGUGUGUCUGCCUGUGUGUAACGAUUUUUGUCCCGGGAUUUCCUUUGGAAAUGCAGUGUUCUCAGCCUAGCUGGGUUCCAACAGGGCAUCUGGGAUGACAGAGGCAGCUCUGGGCAGGGGCAGGAGGCAGAGGCCACGGGAGGCUCAGGUGGAGCCUUGGCGGCACCCUCUGAUCUCUCGGGGGGGAUGCCCGUGCAAGAUGAAAGUCAGUCGGGUUCUUUCUUUUCAGUACGUCUCCUAGAAAAGAAGUGUUGGAGCCGGGGGUGGUGAUGAGGGGCCAUGGGGAAAAAAGGGGUUCAAGAGGUAAAGCCCAGACCAGGGAGUGUGACAGUGGACAUGUGCCUCUCACCUCUGCUCAAAACAACACAAAGAUGAACAAAUAUUUUAAGGUAUUGAUAAGAAAAAGCGAUGCUUUGAUCGUAUUUCCCGAAUACAUAUUCCAACUUGUAUCUGAUUUCCGUUUCCAUGGCCAGUGGGUUUAAGGCCACGGAGUCUGGCCUCCACCCAGAGCAGGGAGAAGCUGACCCCUCGCCCCCUCACCCUCACCGCCCUGGCACACUCUGGAAGCAGGGCCCAGCUCUGAGCCCCUCCUCACCACCAGGUCCCUAACUUUCCUGAAAGGAGCAGUUGCUGCGUGAAGGGGCAGCUUGACCAGGUCCCUGAACUGGGCAGGGCUCAGGGCCCACGAGGGCGGGUUCUCUCCUCACCCCAGAGCAGAGUACAUGGAAGAGACACCCCGUUUUCCUCCCCAGGUACCUUUAUCACUGCCCCCAAAGCCCUGGCCAAGCUUGCUGGCCUGCUCAAGGCAUAGGUGCUGGUGGGGCCAGGCCGGAAGUGCUGUGGCCAGGGCAGGCUCUGCCCCCCGGCCCACCACAAGCAGGGGAAGGCUCCUUCAUGACCCCCUUUUCCACCAGUCACGUCUGCCUGGCCCUCGGACCCCUCUGCCUGCCCCUACACCAUUAGAGGUUUCUGGGCCUUUUCUGCGGACACCUGGUGGAUCAGAGGGCCUGAUGGGCUAAUGCUUGUGGCAUAGAAUAAGGGUCCCCCUGACCACCUGAGCCCACAUCCUGGCCCCAGGUACAAGGAGCGCCUUUAAGGGGCUCUGCCCCAGUAACCCAGGAGAACUCACACCCCCCCUCCCACAGCCAAGGACAGACAGGGCUGCCUGGACCUGAGCCCGACAGCCUUCAACCUCAGAAAUACAUGGUGGGGCCACACACUUGCCGUGUCCUUUCACCCCAAGGCUCCUCUGGCCCCACAGGAGCUUCAGGAAAGCCCCCCAAGUUAGCCACUGCUCUGGGACCGGCUCUGUCACCCACACCGUGGGCUGUGGAACCAGGGGUGCUGGCGGGUGCCCUACCCCCAAAUCCCAGGUCCCCUUGACCCCCCUGUUUUUUCUUGGGUCUAUUAGGGACUGCUUCUCACCUGCUGGCUGGCCUCCUUGAAGGGCCAUUUCCGGAGGCUCCCUAAGAAGCUGAAGGCUGGGGGGUCAUGUUGUGGUUGGGGAUCCCCACUCCUACCCCCGAGCCUACUCUUUGUCUUGCAUGAGUGCAAUAUUUCAUUCCCGGUGGCUGUCUGGGGAGGUGGUUGGAUGAGGUCCUGCUUGAGGCUCGGGGAUCAGAACAACGUCCCGUGAGGAAGCGCGCGCCGCCGCGGACACACUGAGCCGUGGGAGCUGGAGGGCAGGCGUUUUGCACCCGAGGCCGAGCAGGGCGCGACCAUGGAGGUCGGACACCUGGCCCACCGCUGCGCUCCUGUCCUGCUGGGCUCCGAUUUGUCCCUGGUUUUUCUCUCUUUUCCUUUCUGUGUGUGUGUGAAUGGUGUGACCCCUCCCCCUCUCCGUGGUUAACGUGACGAAGGCACGAUUCCUGUAAAUGUGUAAACUAAGGGGAUGGUUGGAUUUUUUUUUCAAUGUAAACACUAAAAACAGACAAAAAACACACAAAGGUUUUAUGAACAGCAGACUCUAUGUAAAGGCAUUUUAGUAUUAAAUUUUUUAUUGAUAACUUGCUUAAGAAUAAAUAUAUGGACUAUUGUACAGGUU